GACCCCACCAUCCAAGGGACUCGGAACACUACACGACCAUGGCAGAACACACGAGACUGGCGACGCUAGAUGAUCUCCCGGACCUGCUCGAGGUCUUCUAUUCUGCCUUUGCUGGUCGUCCAACUCUCCUCGAAGUCAUCACGCUAACGCCUGGGGGCCGGGAGUUCCUCAGACAAAUGUAUGAACCGGCUAUCAAGUCGGAGCCUGCCACCCAGCAGCCGAAGUUGUUUGUUGCCCGGGACGUCAAUGGCAAGGUAGUGUCGUCCGUACUGUACUAUAUCCUGAACGGAGUGUCCUGGCCAUGGCGUCAGAGGUGGCCAGAGAUACAAGAGGGCAUGAGCGAGGAGAGGACUGGGGCCCUCUUUGAUCGCACGGAUGCUCGGCAUUCUGCAAUCAUGAAGGAGCCGCAUCUAUACGUCGUGUUUCUCUGUACUCAUAAAGAUCACCAUAAGAAGGGCUAUGCUACGUCACUGCUGCGGAUGUGCAACGACUUGGCAGACGAGAUGAACUAUGGAUGCUAUGUGGAUGCUGGUGUCGACGCCAAAGGCGUUUACGAGUCGGUGGGGUAUUUCCCUCAUCCCGAAUUUGGGCAGAAUAACCCUGCAACCAUGUGGCGGAAGAAGAAGAGCGAGAGAUCAUGAUAGUUGAAUCCAGUCAUUACCCUGGGAAUUCAUUGCAAUCCACUGCAACCGAAUGCCCUUGCGCCAAAUGGUAGCACAGGUUGGGG